AAUCAGCGUCCUCUUUCGGACCACACCACAUCCGUGUUGAGGAUUAGUUUUGCUGAUGCUAGAUGUCAAAAUUCGCUGAAAAAAUCCCACCGUUUCUCCGAAGUAGACAUAACUUUGGACAUUAUCGAAUCAUUAUCUCCAGGGGAGACGAAACUGCGUUAUUAGACAGCGUCAUACUGUAUUCGUUAUCGUAUACCGUUAUUUAUCUAGCGAAAGCUAAAGCAGACGGCGGCUAGCUAGCAGGCUAACAAAGCUGGCAUUUAUAGUGAAACAUCAUUAGCUUGCAUGUCCAGCACGUAACUCAACAGUGUCAAAGCAGUAAUUAUACUUAAAGGAAGCUAUAAUCAGUUUAAGAGGUAAAGCAUGGGUUAGCUAAUUUAUGUCUAUGUCCUAUAUUUGCAUUCUCAUAAACCCAGCUGAGCUAGCUUUGCAGUAUUUGCAGUCCUCAUCGGGUUUCAUAUUUCUGACGACUGAAGACAGCCAGAGAACUGCUACCCGUGGAGGUUUGACGUGUUGGGCUGUCACGUACAUUUCCCCAAAGAAAGCCAUGCUAUGAUGGUGCUACGGCGGCUACUGAGAAAGCGCUGGGUGCUGGGAGUAGUCUUUGGAUUGUCCCUCAUCUACUUUCUGACCAGCACCCUCAAACAGGAGGAGCGGACCAUAAGAGACCGCACACUCUUAGAAGUUAGAGAUUCAGAUCAUCGCAUCCCCUGGAAAGUCCGUUUUAACCUGGGCAACAGCAGCCGACAGAUCACUCAGUGCAGAAAUUCCAUCCAGGGCAAGACUUUGCUUACAGACGAACUCGGAUAUGUCUGUGAGAGAAAAGACUUGCUCAUUAACGGCUGCUGUAAUGUCAAUGCUCCCAGCACCAGACAGUACAUUUGUAAAAGCUGCCUGGCCAAUGGCUGCUGUAGCAUCUAUGAGUAUUGCGUUUCAUGCUGUCUCCAGCCUGAUAAGCAACCUCUUCUUGAGCGCUUCCUGAAUCGUGCAGCUGAAGGUUUCCAGAAUCUCUUCACCGCUGUCGAGGAUCAUUUCGAGUUGUGUCUGGCCAAGUGCAGGACUUCUUCGCAAAGCGUUCAACAUGAGAACACCUACCGAAACCCUCAAGCAAAGUACUGCUACGGUGAGAGUCCUCCAGAACUCCUGCCUGUAUGAGCCUGUUUGACUUCCUCUGGUGUUCAGGAAUGAAGAACAGUGGAAUAAUAAUUGACAAGUGAGCCUGUUUGGUGAGGAGAUUGUGCAAAUGAAAUGCUCGGACAAUAUUGCGUUAUUGUGGCAAAGAAAUGAAGUCAUCCGAGACCAACCUCAACAAAGGACAAAACGCUGUAUGUUUCUUUCAUUUUAUUUUUUUUUAUUAUUUACACUUCAUAAGUGCAUAAAACGCUUCAUACAUUCAUCCGUGAUGAUCAUCAGGUCUACGUAACAGGCAGCUCAUCCAUCAAGGUUUGCUUCAAACAAGGUCAUGUCAUAAAAUCCAAUGAACUUAAUUUUGAAAGAGCAUUUCCUGUUUUGGUCUGAACAUUUUAAAACAGCAAAGAAUGUGUCCUUACUUCUGUGUAUAGUGCAUGCAUAUGAAAUACUUAUUUAAUAAAAGGGACUGUGAAACAGAA